ACGGGAAGUUGACGGGCCAGAGGCUCGUAUCUUUGAGUACAUUUUUGCGCUAACGGACUCGGGUGUCAGCGCCGCAGGCCUAGGUAGGUGUAUGCAAGGCGCUUCGCAACGCAACAGUGUUUCGUGAGAUCGCGAAACCUGUUACGCGAGACGUGGUCUGGCGUACAUCUACCUGGUAACAUACAAAUUAGCAUAAUAUCGACCUUUUAAAAUUUAACUUUAUUUCGUUUCCCAUCCCUGGUUAACAGUAAAACGUAAAGAUGGACAGUUCAGGUGCCCUCGUUUUACUGGUUGCAUGGACCGCGAUGUGUGAAUUCGACCGGAAGUCGACUGGUACUGGCGUGUUUGUUGCAACUAUAACAUGAGAUCACGUGCUGCAUGGCACCGUAGCAGUUUCUUCACGCGGAGAUAAAUAUUUCGUUGCUGGCACUGAAGAGCAUUAGGUCCUUCCGUAGACCCGUUAGGAGUCAAGGAAAGAUUUUGUGUGAAAAACAGUAUUAUAUCAACCUAAGACCCUCCACUUAGCGACUUAAAUGGACCUUCCCCGACGCCAAGCUUCAUCGAAAACUUGAAGCAGAGGACUUGGAACUCCAUUCUAACGCAACAAGUGACAGGAUUCGUUCGUGUAGUGCUACGUUUCUUUCUGGGUGCAGACAACCAGGCUUGUUCCAGUGAUCCACGACAUGAUUCUCUUAUUAGGUAUUUUAGCGUCACUUGUUUCUCAACCUCACUGCCAGCGAAUUAAUCCAAUUGCUGGCCCAUUUCGUAUUAUUCCGGAUCACAUCGAGCACUGCCCAGCUGAAGUCUUUAAAAAGGAGCUUGCAACAUGGUCCUUUCGUGGUACAAGAGAUAGGCGCAACCUCGAUGUAUGGUAUUACUCUGGAAACUACACACUUGGUUUCAACUUUACGGACCUCUACCAUGUAAAACUUGAUUUUGCCUCCUGGUCAUCCCGUGGAGGAUGGAAAGACUAUGCACUUGUUCUAAAAUUCAAGCGAAUUUGUGCGACAGGCAAGCUCUAUGUUCCUCAAGUUUGGCAAAAUAUAAUGGAAAGUGUUUUUGACGAAGAAAACAAAACAAGACCAGAUUGCCCCUUCCCGCCGGAGUACACUUUUGUCUGAGAAGUAUGCCGUCGGUUCAAAAUUUUCUUUUAAGCAAGAGGAGUGGGUUUAUUUGAUGGUGGUACAUCAUUAAUAAAAUGUGUACACUUCCAUGCAAAAAAAAACACACAAAAAAACACUUUUAUUUCGUUGUUUUUUUGUACUCUACAAGCUGCUUCGGUAAUUAUAGCGAAAUCAUUGCGGACAGAUAAGUUCGGAGUUAUUUCGGAGUAUGCCUGCAAGUAUAUUUAACUUCUUCUGGGUAGUCUUAUAU